GUUGGACAUGUAUGUGCUGUUGCCGUUCAAGUUCAGCCAAUAAAAGGUUAUGAAAAAUGUCCAACGAACAUUUAAUUUCAUUUAUUCGUUUAUCGCUAAAAAAAAAGAACUCCUCAAGUAGCCUACACAGACCGUACAUGCCAUGGUGUCAUUGUCACGGACCCUGAUCCCAAACAAUGCUGAAGCGAAACCAGCGGGCUUUUGCGUUAUUUCUCAUUGCGAAGGAUUCAUACUAUAAACCCCCAAGAGGGGGCGAUGGAGGGCAGAAUUUAAACCUUGACGAGUGAAGAAGGGUUGUCCGAAACCGUCGGUCCCGUCACUCAAUUGUCCCAGCGAGCAACUGGAAGUGCAGAGCAUGGCUUUAAACCUCACCAUCAAUCCCAGCAACCCGCCUCUGGGGGCAUUGUUGGCAGCAGAGCAUGUAAAAGGGAGUGUGAAUUUGUCAGUAGAGGAGGGCAAGGACACAAAGCUUCAUGUGUCUGAUACGGUCCAGUUCAGUGAUGUGAACUCCAUCACACGCUACCUGGCCAGGGUGGCCCCUGCCAUGGGCCUUUAUGGAGCCAAUAUGAUGGAGCAGACAGAGGUGGACCACUGGCUGGAGUUCAGCUCUCGCCGUCUGUGUAGUCAGAAAGGCCUGGCCCUGGCUCUGGGGGAGCUGGAGAAGGCUCUGUCCCUCAGGACCUUCUUGGUGGGUCAUGCCUUGACCCUGGCCGACCUCUGCGUGUGGGCUGCACUCAAAGGGAACACAGAGUGGUCCGGCCAGGCCAACGCCUUCUCCCACGUCAACCGCUGGUUCUCCUUCCUGGGCGCCCAGGGGCUCUUUGUGGAUGUGGGCAAGAAAUGGGCCAAUAGCAAAGCUCCACCUCGCAAAGCCAACUCUGAGGAGAAGAAGCAAGAUCUGGGGAAGUUUGUGGAGUUGCCGGGCGCGGAGAUGGGCAAGGUGGUGGUCCGCUUCCCCCCGGAGGCCAGCGGGUACCUGCACAUCGGCCACGCCAAGGCAGCCCUCCUCAACCAGCACUACCAGGUCACCUUCAAAGGCAAACUCAUCAUGCGCUUCGACGACACCAACCCGGAGAAGGAGAAGGAGGACUUUGAGAAGGUGAUCCUGGAGGACGUGGCCAUGCUGCAGAUCACCCCGGACCAGUUCACCUACACCAGCGACCACUUCCCCGUCAUCCUGAAGAUGGGCGAGCAGCUGCUGACCGAGGGCAAGGCCUACAUCGACAACACGCCGCCGGAGCAGAUGAAGCUGGAGCGCGAGCAGCGCACAGAGUCUGCGAACCGCAGCAACUCGGUGGAGAAGAACUUGAAGAUGUGGGCCGAGAUGAAGGCGGGGUCGGAGGCCGGGCAGUGCUGCUGCAUGAGGGCCAAGAUCGACAUGGCCUCCAACAACGGCUGUCUGAGGGACCCCACCCUCUUCCGCUGCAAGAACGCGGCCCAUCCCCGCACAGGCACCACAUACAAGGUGUACCCGACCUACGACUUCGCCUGCCCCAUCGUGGACAGCCUUGAGGGGGUGACCCACGCCCUGAGGACCACCGAGUACCACGACCGCGACGACCAGUUCUACUGGGUGAUCGACGCGCUGCGCCUCCGCAAGCCCUACAUCUGGGAGUACGCCCGGCUCAACCUCAACAACACGGUGCUGUCCAAGAGGAAGCUCACCUGGUUCGUGGACCAGGGCUACGUGGACGGAUGGGACGACCCACGCUUCCCCACGGUCAGAGGAGUGCUGAGGAGGGGUAUGACGGUGGAGGGCCUCAAGCAGUUCAUCGCAGCCCAGGGUGGAUCCAGAUCCGUAGUGAACAUGGAGUGGGACAAAAUCUGGGCCUUCAACAAAAAGGUUAUUGAUCCAGUAGCUCCCAGAUACACAGCCCUCUCCAAGUCCUACGUGGUUCCUGUAGCGGUCUCUGACGCGGUGGAGGAGAUGAAGAUGGCUGCUAAACAUCCCAAGAACGCCGAGGUCGGGAUGAAGGAGGUGUGGUACGGACCCAAGGUUCUGGUGGACGGAGCCGACGCCGAGACCUUCUCCGUGGGAGAGGUGGUCACCUUCAUCAACUGGGGCAACCUCAUCAUCACCAAGAUCAACAAGGACGCCGGCGGGAAGGUGUCCUCCCUGGAGGCCCGUCUGAACCUGGAGAACACAGACUUUAAGAAGACCACCAAGAUCACGUGGCUGACGGACACCCAGCGAGCGCCCCUGCUGCCCGCCGUCUGCAUCAACUACCUGCACCUCAUCACCAAGCCCGUCCUGGGCAAGGAGGAGGACUUCAAGGCCUUCAUCAACAAGGAGAGCAAGCUAGAGGAGCAGAUGCUCGGAGAUCCUUGCUUGAAAGACCUGAAGAAAGGUGACAUCAUUCAGCUGCAGAGGCGGGGCUUCUACAUCUGCGACCAGCCCUAUGAGCCAAUUAGUCCCAACAGCUGCAAGGAAAGUCCUUGUGUGCUGCUCUACAUCCCUGAUGGCCAUACCAAGGAGAUGCCCACCUCCGGCUCAAAGAACAAAGCCCAGAUCCCCAGCAGCAAGCCUGCCUCCGCUGGAAAGGUAAAGAGAGAAGCGCCAGCCUCAUCCCCGGCCCCGACCCCAGCCCAAGCAGGAGACGUGUUCUCCAGCGUCGUGGCUCAGGCUGAGUCUGUCCGCCAGCUGAAGGCUGACAAGGCUCCCAAGGAGGAGGUGGAGAAGGCUGUCAAGCAGUUGCUUGCUUUGAAGGCUCAGUUCAAAGAGCAGACCGGUUUGGACUACAAGCCUGGUAUGACCCCAACUUCCCCGGCCGCUGCCACCACCACUGCCUCUUCCUCCUCCUCUUCCUCCACCUCUUCCUUCUCCUCCUCCUCCUCCUCCUGUAUCUACACCAGGGUGACCGAGCAGGGCGAGCUGGUCAGGAAGUUGAAGACCGAGAAGGCCCCCAAGGACCAGAUUGACGCAGCAGUGAAGCAGCUCCUGGCUCUCAAGGCGGAGUUCAAACAGAUCACCGGUCAGGAUUAUAAACCUGGAAUGACUCCCACAAAUGCUGCUCCUCCCACCGCCACCGUCACAACCACCACCUCCACCUCCUCCUCCUCCUCCUCCUCCUCCUCCUCCUCCUCUUCCUCUGCUCCAGGAGGCCUGUAUGAGCAGGUCUCUCAACAGGGAGAUGCUCUGAGGAAACUUAAGGCUGAAAAAGCACCCAAGGACCAGAUUGACGCAGCAGUGAAGCAGCUCCUGGCUCUCAAGGCGGAGUUCAAACAGAUCACCGGUCAGGAUUAUAAACCUGGGAUGACUCCUCCAUCGAACGCUGCUUCUUCCUGCCCCAAGACUACCACCACCACCUCCUCUUCCAUCUCCUCCUCCCCUGCUCAUUCAGGCCUGUAUGAGCAGGUCUCUCAACAGGGAGAUGUUUUGAGGAAACUUAAGGCUGAAAAAGCACCCAAGGACCAGAUUGACGCAGCAGUGAAGCAGCUCUUGGCACUCAAGGCGGAGUUCAAACAGAUCACCGGUCAGGAUUAUAAACCUGGGAUGACUCCUCCCUCCAACGCUGCUCCUUCCUGCCCCAAAACCACCACCACCUCGACCUCCUCCUCUUCCUCCUCCUCCUCCCCUGCUCAUUCUGGCCUGUAUGAGCAGGUCUCUCAACAGGGAGAUGUUUUGCGGAAACUUAAGGCUGAUAAAGCACCCAAGGACCAGAUUGACGCAGCAGUGAAGCAGCUCCUGGCUUUCAAGGCGGAGUUCAAACAGAAAACCGGUCAGGAUUAUAAACCUGGGAUGACUCCUCCCUCCAACGCUGCUCCUUCCUGCCCCAAAACCACCACCACCUCGACCUCCUCCUCCUCCUCCUCCUCCUCCUCCUCCCCUGCUCAUUCUGGCCUGUAUGAGCAGGUCUCUCAACAGGGAGAUGUUUUGAGGAAACUUAAGGCUGAUAAAGCACCCAAGGACCAGAUUGACGCAGCAGUGAAGCAGCUCCUGGCUCUCAAGGCGGAGUUCAAACAGAAAACCGGUCAGGAUUAUAAACCUGGAUCUCCUCCCUCCAACGCUGCUCCUCCCUGCCCCAAAACCACCAGUACCUCCUCCUCUUCCUCUUCCUCAUCUGCUCAUUCAGGCCUGUAUGAGCAGGUCUCUCAACAGGGAGAUGUUUUGAGGAAACUUAAGGCUGAAAAAGCACCCAAGGACCAGAUUGACGCAGCAGUGAAGCAGCUUCUGGCUCUCAAGGCGGAGUUCAAACAGAUCACCGGUCAGGAUUAUAAACCUGGGAUGACUCCUCCCUCCAACGCUGCUCCUCCCUGCCCCAAAUCCACCACCACCACCCCCACCACCACCUCCUCCUCCUCCUCCUCCUCUGCUCCGGGAGGCCUGUAUGAGCAGGUCUCUCAACAGGGUGAGGUUGUGAGGAAACUGAAGACAGAAAAAGUACCCAAGGACCAGAUUGACGCAGCAGUGAAGCAGCUCCUGGCUCUCAAGGCAGAGUUCAAACAGAUCACCGGUCAGGAUUAUAAACCUGGGAUGACUCCUCCCACAAAUGCUGCUCCUUCCUGCCCCAAAACCACCUCCUCCUCUUCCUCCACCACCUCCUCAUCCUCUUCUGCUAAUUCAGGCCUUUAUGAGCAGGUCUCCAAUCAGGGAGAGCUUGUAAGGAAACUCAAGUCUGAAAAGGCCUCAAAGGACCAAGUGGAUGCAGCCGUGAAGCAGCUGCUUGCCCUGAAGGCCGAGUACAAGAAGGAAACGGGCCAGGACUACAAACCCGGGAUGGCUCCCACCCCAGCUGCCCAGGCCCCAGCUGCCAAGGCCCCAGCUGCCCAGGCACCCGCUGCCCAGGCCCCGGGCGGUACUGAGGCCGCUGGCCUGUAUGAGCAGGUAGUUCAGCAGGGGGAAACCCUUAGGAAGCUGAAGAGCGAGAAAGCGCCCAAGGAACAGGUGGACGAGGCCAUCAAGGCUCUGCUGGCUCUGAAGGGCCAGUACAAGACCCUGACGGGCCAGGACUACAAGCCUUUGGCCGCGGCCGGCGCCACUGGAGGAGAGGAGAAGAGCCGCAAGGAGAAGGAGAACAAGUGUGAGAAGCAGGGUGGAGGAGGAGGAGGAGCCAAGAAGGCCAAGGGGGAGAAGCCUGCACCGGGGGGCAAGGAGGGGUCGGGAGGGGCAGGUGGAGAGGGAUCCGGACCCAAGAAACAGACACGGUUGGGGCUAGAAGCCAAGAAAGAAGAAAACCUUUCAGACUGGUACUCUCAAGUGAUCACCAAGUCGGAGAUGAUCGAGUACUACGACGUCAGCGGCUGCUACGUGCUGCGGCCCUGGUCCUACGCCAUCUGGGAGUCCAUCAAGGAGUUCUUUGACGCGGGCAUCAAGAAGCUGGGCGUGGAGAACUGCUACUUCCCCAUGUUCGUGUCGCAGGCCGCCCUGGAGAAGGAGAAGUCUCACAUUGAGGACUUUGCGCCGGAGGUGGCUUGGGUGACCCGUUCAGGAAAUACCGAGCUGGCUGAACCCAUCGCUGUCAGACCCACUAGUGAGACCGCGAUGUACCCAGCCUACGCCAAAUGGGUCCAGUCCCACAGAGACCUGCCCAUCAAGCUCAACCAGUGGUGUAACGUUGUGAGGUGGGAGUUCAAACACCCCCAGCCCUUCCUGAGGACCAGAGAGUUCCUGUGGCAGGAGGGACACACGGCGUUCGCCACCAGGGAGGAGGCAGUAGUCGAGGUGAUGGAGAUCCUGGAGCUGUAUGCCAGGGUGUACGAAGAGCUGCUGGCCAUCCCCGUGGUGCGAGGGCGCAAGACUGAGAAGGAGAAGUUUGCAGGAGGAGACUACACCACCACCGUCGAGGCCUUCAUCUCUGCCAGCGGCAGGGCCAUCCAGGGAGCCACUUCCCACCAUCUGGGGCAGAAUUUCUCCAAGAUGUUUGAGAUCGUUUUUGAGGACCCAAAGAAGCCUGGAGAGAAGCAGUUUGCCUUCCAGAACUCCUGGGGCAUCACCACCAGAACCAUUGGGGUUCUCACCAUGGUCCACGGAGACAACAUGGGGCUGGUGUUGCCCCCUAGGGUGGCCUGUCUGCAGGUCAUCAUCAUCCCGUGCGGUAUCACUGCCUCCCUGCCCGAGGCGGAGAAGGACCUGCUGCUGGCCAAAUGCACCCAGUACAACAGCUGCUUGCUCAAGGCCGACAUCCGUGUCAAGGCUGACGUCAGGGACAACUACUCCCCGGGCUGGAAGUUCAACCACUGGGAGCUGAAGGGAGUGCCGAUCCGUCUUGAGGUGGGUCCUAAGGACGUGAAGCAACACCAGUGUGUGGUUGUGCGACGAGACACCGGAGAGAAGCACACCGUUCCCGAGGCUGAUGUGGUGAAAACUCUGACGACCAUGUUGGAAGACAUCCAGAACAACCUGUUCACCAGGGCAUCCGCUGACUUAAAGAAACACAUGGUGACAGCCGAAACAAUGGAGCAGUUGCAGAAAGAACUAGAACAGGGCAGGAUUGUCCAGAUUCCGUUCUGCGGAGCAAUUAAGUGUGAAGAUUGGAUCAAGAAGACCACAACAAAGGACCAGGACUUGGAGGCCGGGGCCCCCUCCAUGGGAGCCAAGGGCCUCUGUAUCCCCUUCAACCCCCUGAAGACGCUGCAGCCUGGACAGAUGUGUCUCUGUGGCAAAGAGCCUGCCCAGUAUUACACACUGUUUGGUCGCAGCUACUAAAGUAUUGUUCUCCCUGAUCAGACGAAAGAUGGAGAUGAUAACCAUCAACGACCGUUUCCAACAGUACCGUUUUAUAAAAAGGGCUUAUUUUACUUUCUCCUUCCUACUUCCUGUUAAUGUUAUUUAGUUUCCUAGAUGUAGAGGGCUCUGAUAAUUUGUUGGAAACAGUGGUUUUACAUGUUGUUUUUUUUACACAAGACAGCACUAAGGUGAAGGGCGGACUGUUUCAAUUCUACUGUUCUGUAGGAAAGUACCGUUACAGCAGUCUAGCCUUGGGCAAAUGGACGCCACUGCCUGCAACACCACCUAGAAGGGGAGCCUAAUUAUUUUAUUUUUAAAGAUCCAAGCCGUGCUUCCUGCAGGUAGCAGGGCAUCACUGAUGGUGAAGCGAUUUAAACCACUGUGAUCUUUAGAAGUUGACAUAACUUUAUUAGUGUUUGUUCAGCUAAAGUAAGAAUUUAAAGAAUUUAAAAAAAGAUAUAUAUAGAAAAUAUUAAUCAGGUUGUUCCGUGGUGAGCAACUCCUAACUCAGGACAAAUUAAGCUGAAAUUCUUCACACUAUCAAGCCUUCUGUAUCUAGGACUAGUGAUACAGCCAAUACCUUCCUGAUGCAUCCUCAUUCAUUUUACUUUGAGAACCAGAGCCUGAUCAUGUCUGUCAUCUAAAUACUGUGGUAAUUAACUUAAGCCUUCUAUUCUGUUUCCAUUUAGACCAUACAACCAAUAUAUCCCUCCCCUGUAAUUAAAACAAACAGAAAAACAAUACUACCCAUUUGCUGUGCUUUUAUUUCAUGCGUUGAAGUUGGUGAAAAAAAGUUUGCUUUUUUUAAAUAAAGUUACAAUACUGAGAGAUCAUUAUCUAGUUUAC